CCCAUCGUAUCUGAUCCGAAACUCGCCGACCUUCUUCUAGCCGCGGUUUGGACAGUUGCUCCUCCUUCCAGUCCUGCUGACUGCUGCCUCGUGGUGCUAGCUCGAAGCAGCAGAGGAUUAACAACGACGCCAGGAAAGGGAGCAGGCCUUUAGACCGACAGAUAGACACACCGUGAUGGGGAAGAAAAGUCGCCUCACAGGAGGAGCGGUCGGUAGAAGAACGAUCCUACAGCUUUCACCUCCUGGGCUCCGCGGUGGGAAUGCAGGAGAGAGGGAAGAAGCACUUUCUGGAUCCGAUGACGAACAGGAUGGUGAUGGAGAGAGAUUCGUGAAAAAGGGACACACAAACAUGAAGGCUCCCGCAGUAAAGGCCACAGAGGGUUUAUCCCUGCUUGGAGCCUAUGAAGAUAGUGAUGAAGAUGAUGCUGGAGAGACUCAGCGCUCAGUUGCGAAUUCUCAACGCAACCAAUCAGCUGACAUCGACAAAACAUUGGCCAGCUUCAUGGCUGAAAUUGAUGCAAUCACCACUCAGCCAAGUUCAGAGGAUACAACAUCUCAUCCUUCUGUCCCAACAACCACCCCACCCAGACCUGAGGUUAAUACUCAGCAGUCAGCUACCGGUGAAGGACAGAAUCAGCAAAGCACAGAGUUUGAGUACAAUACUCAGUACUCUUUAGCUGGAGUGGGCGUAGAGAUGGGAGACUGGCAGGAGGUAUGGGACGAGAACUCUGGCUGCUACUACUACUGGAACACUCUGACCAAUGAGGUGUCUUGGGAGCUGCCACACUAUCUAGCUGAUCAGGUGCAAAGCCUGGAACAGUAUGCCAACAGUGCCAACGGCAAUGACACAGCCCAUGCUGGUUAUUACUUGGAGGAAAACGCUGCAUCUGUUGCAGUCCUGACAUCAGUGAAAGAGACCAAAGUGAAGGAUGUGAUCGAGAGUGUUGUAGGCCUCACAAGUGAGGAGGAGGAACAUCGUGGAGUGGCUGCAUCUCUUCUUGGUCCUCUGAUUCCCUCUGAAGUGAAAGAAGCAGAAGAAAAGUGGAGAAAAAGACUGCUGAAAGGUUUGGACGAGACUGAAAACUGUUUGGAUUCUGAAGGAGAAGGUGUUUGCCCGGCAGGGUCCCCCUCGACCCCUCUUCAGGACUCGGACUCAGUCCCAACUGAUCUUUGCACCAAGAAGCAGUCAAGAGACAACUCGGAUGCUGAGGAGGAGACAGAGGAAGACACAGUGGAACUGGAACUGGCUCUGGAGAGGAAAAAGGCUGAGCUCCGGGCACUGGAGGAAGGUGAUGUGAGUGGAGGGGGCUCCAGUCCUUGUUCUGAGGCAAGUCAAGAAACCUCUGGUUCUCGUGGCCUUGUACUGAAGAAAAAACGUUGGAAGACUGCUUUCCCCUCUGCUGCCAGCCCUGACUCGAACAGCAGAGGAUCAGACCAACAGGACAGCACAGAGACAACUCUUUCCAAAGUCCUCGAGAGUGUUGCAGAAGGAGAAGACAAGGAAAUGGACGAUUCUGAGGAGAAAACAGUUUUGAAACGAGAAGAUGUGGAAACACCUGAACUCAAAGUGGAAACGCCUGAGCUUAAGUUUCAGAUUGGAGAAUUGGCUAACACCUUAACCAGCAAGAUGGAGUUCCUAGGGAUAAACAAAAAGGCGAUCUCAAACUUCCAGUUGCUUCUGCUACAAACUGAGACUCGCAUUGCUGACUGGAGGGAGGGUGCUUUGAAUGGGGUCUAUCUUCGCCGCAGGCUGCAGGAAGCUGCCGAGCACAUAAAAUAUUACGAACUUAACGCCACCCCAAAAGGCUGGUCCUGCCACUGGGACAGAGAACACAGGCGGUAUUUCUAUGUGAGGGACCGGACCGGUGCCUCCCAGUGGGAUUUCCCAACAGAGGAGGACAAAGAGGAGGACCUGAAAGGCAGCCAGGGUACUGAGACAGAGACUUCUAGCCAAGAGGAUACCAAAACAUCUGCAUCUGCUGGUGGGAUGAUAGGAUCUUCUGCUUACGAUGCUGUUACCCCACCAGCACCACCUCAGCCUGGUGCGUUCUGGCCACCAUCCCAACCUCCUCUUCCUGACAGCCCACCUCCACCUUCCCACUGUCCCUCGCCUCCCCCUCUCCCCCCAGGCUCGCCACCUCCACCUCCUCCUCCUCCUGACAGUGAUGGAGAAAUCAUGGAAGUGGAGAUGGAGAUGGAUGAUGAUAAUGAGGAGCCUCCAGCCCCUGGAACUGAGGAAGAUGGCAAUGGGAGGCCUCCUUUACCUCCUGGAGAUACUGGUGCAAAAACUGUGGAUUCAUCGGGCCCCUUGGGGAAGGGGCAGAAACGUAAAUCCAGCCAGCUGAAUAAAGCCAUUACCAUUGGCAGCAGUCCCAUUCUCUACACCCAGUCUGCUGCCACUGCAGCUCCUCUCAUGUCAGCAACUGCCUACUGGGGUGUGUCAGCUGUCACUGCUCCUUUGAUCCCCUGUGAACCUCCUGUCCCACCUGUCCCAGCACUACCUCCUCAACCACCGCUGCCACCAUCCCAGCCGCCCUUUGAACCUCUAGGAGCCAAAGUUUUGCCCACAGACAAGACCAAAAAGGCAAAAAAGGAUAAGUCAAAGAAGAGUAAGACCAAAAUGCCUUCACUGGUGAAGAAGUGGCAGAGCAUCCAGAAGGAGCUGGAUGAAGAAGAGAAGAGCAGCUCCAGUGACGAGGACAGAGAGCAGCUUAACAAGAAGAGUAUCGAGGAGUGGAAGCAACAGCAGUUUAUGACAGGAAAAGCUUCAAAGAAUGCCAACUUUGAGGCACUUCCUGAAGACUGGCGGGAGCGACUGAAGAAACGGAAGAUAAUGAAUAGCACAUAACGUCUAGCUUAACUUAAGUUGUAUAUUACCCAUUUAACAUUUUUAACUACACUCCAACCACUAACAUGAUGUCAUCCUUCCCACCUUAAGUUUUGUUCAGUGAUCUAUGGACUUUUUCUUCAGCUUCACUUGUCCAUGAUGGAGACAUUUAGAGGCCCUUAUAUGGCAGGCCAUUCACCAGAAGGGUUUGAAUGUCCUGUUUUUGUGUUGUUGUAGCCACAAUUGUAAAUGUGCCAAAUGUCAUUAAGUUCAUCCGAACUACUUCCACAUCAUCUUGUAUAGACCCCAUAUAGAUGACAACCCAGUUUGUUUGGAGGAAUUGUCUAUUUUAAUGAGCAUUUUUACAACUGUGUACAUAAAAUGUAUAAUGUAAUAAGCCAUGUUUUUGGAAGGGGAGGUAAUGUCACAGAAGUUGUAUAUUUUGUAAAAACGUAUUAAACUGUUUUUCAAAGCUCUUUA